AUGUUGCACUAUGAUUCCGGAGGCAGCAGAUUGAUCGUCGAGGGAGAAAGAGUUUUCAGGGCUAAUCAUUUGCUGCUGGUAGGUUUUCAGACUGUGUACGACGAUGGAUUACAACUGUUUGCAUCGUGCCUGAAGUCAUCGUCGCCAAGCUCGGAGCCUCACAAAAUCUACAUUCGUACUAGAUGUUCAUUCGAAAAUUGGACCUUCCAGUGCUCGUGCAAAGCUGGCUUAGGUAAAUGCAAGCAUGUAAUGGCCGUUCUAAAUCAUCUAUUAAUAUUUUUGACUAAAUGUGGAUUCACAAUCCCACCACAUAUUCCCUGGCUUGGAUGCUCCCCUGAUGGGAUUAUAAUCGAUGAAACGAAGGUCAUUGAGGUUAAAUGUCCAGUGGUUGGAAAUACCGUUUCUCUCAAUGAAACAUUAGAAAAAUUGAAGUACUUAACAAAGAAUGGCAAAACAUUAAAGAAAAAUCACUUAUAUUAUUUGCAAGUGCAAUUAAACAUGUUCAUAUUGAAAUGUAGCUCGACGGAUUUUAUAAUUUACUCUGAGUUUGAAGACAAGUGUUAUGUUCAGACGAUUCACUAUGAUGAAGAAUAUCUACAACCAAUUAUUUGUUGUCUUAAAGAAGUUUACUUCAAUGCCUUCUUAAAAAUAUUGUAUACGUCACAUAAUAAAUCUCUUUGA